AGUUACAACGAAGAGUAAGAAGAGAGUACACAAUUUACUCUUGUAUUCCACACAUUCUAAUGGCAUCGAAAUAUUGUAAAAGAACCCAGAAGGCUGAUUAUAUAUGUACUGGACAAGAAUAACCGUUACUUGAAACUGAACCUUCAAAAGGAUGGCUUUGUGGUUUGCACGGUAUCUUCUCAACUGCAGUAUUCGUCGUCAUCUUCAUCUCCACCAUUGCACGGUAUCUUCUCAACUGCAGUAUUGGUCGCAUCUUCAUCUCCAUCACCCUCAUGGAGUGCAUGAAAGAUGGCGUCAAGUGCACUUCCUGCGACUCGAACAAGGAUCUGUACGCCUCACAGUGCACCCACAUUGACCCUAUUUGCCUUACCUGUGCCACCAGCAUGGCAAAGAACAACUCGACUUGCCAGACGUGUGGUCAUCUCAUCAGAAAAGUCAUCCGGAGAUAUGAUUUGAAGGCUUGCUUGGCUAAAGAGCCCGAAAAAUUUAUUUGUAAAUUUCCUGUGAAUGCGAAUAGGCCAGAUAACAAGGGGGGUGGAAAUGGAGAUGUCAAAAGUACCGCUGAAACUAAGUUCUUCAGAAAAUCAGAUAAGGGCAAAUGGUCAAUGUACAGAAAAGCCGCUGCUAAAUCUAAAAUGAAAGGUGACAAUGAAUGGAUCUUGGAGCAUGCUCUAAACGAAAAGCUUUGCUAUACUGGGAAAAAACAGAGCGAUCCUAAAGGUUAUUACAUGGUUUUGUUUGAUGGAAAAAGGAUGAAUGAGGGAUUUGUUGUUUACCCUAUUAAGUACUGGUAUGAUUUUCAAAAAAAUAUUCAUUAUGAUACACUCACAAUAGAGGAGGCUGAAAACCAAAUGAAUGAUCAGAAAAGGAAUCAGGAAGGAUUUGCUAGAUGGCUAAUGAAAGACAAACAAGAUAAGGUUGAACGAGGAGUAAAAACACGUUUAACCAUUGGUGAGGAUGAUGAGGAUGAUGAAAGGGAUGUUGAAUGGGAUGAUGUGUUGGAUAAUGAGGAGACAAAGAAGAAAACAAUUAAUAAGAAUGAAGAUAGUGAAGAAGAAGCUGGAGAUGAUGAAAAAUUCCAUCCUAAUGAUGAUGUAGAUGAAGAUCAAGACAAAGACAAAGGUGAGGAGUGGGAGCAUGAAAAAGAAUAUGCAGAUGAUGAUGAGCAGAUUCAAGACAAUUCUCAUAACACUUCAAAAGAAGAUGAAUCCAGUGAAUCAGCUCUAGAUGAUAAUUCGGACUUUGAAGAUGAUGAAGGAAUUACUGAAGCUGGAAAGCAAAUAAAAAUGCUUCUUAAGAAAAAAUUCGAUGAGAAUGAUGAGUCUGGAAAGGAAAAUGCUCUGGAACCUAGUGCAAAUAACAAAGAAAUCAAUGAGAAUGAUAGUGAACAUGAGGAUGUGAAGAUGGUUGAUGCCCAGAUCAAACUAUUGCCAACUAAAAAUGCAACAAGAGAGCGUAGAGAAAAGAAGAGGAAGGUUGUUGAUGAUGGUUCAUCUAAAUCUGAUUCAACUGUGAUGAAAAAAUCAAAACCUUCAUUUAGUUUGCAAGACAUAUGUGUUGAAUUUCUUCAAUCGGGACCCAAAAAUGUAAAUGAAAUGCAUGCUUUUCUGAAGGAACAAAAGAAAAGGGUAAGUUUUCAUUGCCUUAUACUUCAAGCAAUUUUAGAUUACGUUAAUGUAACUCCUUUGUAUCUCUUUGUUUCUAUCAGAUGCUCUUCUAAACUGAUUUAGAUUUAUGGGAGAAUGUUAUUUCUCGUGCUAUUAUCUACACAGUAUUGAUCAAAACAGUCACACUAGUAUUUUUUUUAACAUUUAUAUUAUUUCUCGAAGUGAAAGCUAGUUUUGCCUUAGUAUUAAAAUGCAAAUAAAUUAUAGAGUUUUUCAGCAUAGAAAACGACCUUUGUUCAUUGGUAGAUGCCUUUUCCAUAAAUGAGAGGGUUAGAGUCCAGCUUGAAGUAUAUUCAAUGUGGUCUAAGUUUUCUAUAUACUUACAUAUGUAGUAGUAGUAGUAAUGUUGUACAAGAUUAAGUUAUUAUUA